AUCUUGAAUAUGCCUAGACCAAGAUGGAGUCCAACACCACAACAACUUAUGAUUCUACAAGAUUUGUAUAGAAAAGGUUUGAGAAAUCCAACAUCUAGUCAAGUACAAAAGAUAACAACUCAUCUUUCUCUUUAUGGAAAGAUUCAAUGCAAGAAUGUAUUUUACUGGUUUCAAAAUCACAAAGCUAGGGACAGACAAAAACUCAGAAAAGAACUGAUGAUACUUCACAAAAUCCACAAAACUACUAGUGAUGAUGAUGUUCCUCAUCAAUUUCACACAACUCCCAACACCAACAAUACCAAUAUUAAUCUUGACUACAAUUUCCCUCCUAGUACUUUUCAUACACUUUACCCUCACUCACCAUCCAUAUUGGUUCAUCAGGGUGAAGGAAAAGACACAUCAUCUUCAUCAACUCAAAUGAUGAACAACAUGGGGAAUGUUGAUUUUCCAAAGCAUUGUGUCAUAGAAAAUGGCAUGAUAAGAACAAAUGUUCAAGGUUGGAUCUUGAUGAUGACAGAUCAUAUGUGCCCUAAUUCUAUUCCAUCUUGCAGCAAUAACAAGCCUCUUGAAACCCUAGAACUUUUCCCUAUCAAAGCCACUGGCAGUAAGGAGUAGGGC